AAACAGAUCAUGCAAUACAAGAUCAGGUACUUGAGGCUGAUAAUACUACAGGUUACAGUAUUGCUUCUACAAUACAAACUAAUAUAGAUAAUGCAAUUCAAGCCAAAGUUAAAGAUGAGUUUAAUAACACAACUUGGCACUAUGAUCGUAUCUUGGAAGCACUUACUACAACUAUUAGAAUUACAGAACUA